UGGUUGUAAUUAUACAGUAAACAGACUGGAGGUCAGUAAAAGAAAUCAAAUCACUCAACCGUAACCGUGCAUGGGAGCUAGCAUCUUUUCAUACUGUGGUAUAGCGGAAAACCCUUUUACAUGUGAUAGAUUUGAAGGUCAACGUAAAGCUGUUCACAGAGCUUAAAAUGACCCAUGCGGUGACCCCUGCUAUGUAAAUGGCUUCCAAAGUGCGCGAUGCCGUGGUGUGGUACCAAAAGAAGAUCGGUGCGUACGACCAGCAGAUUUGGGAGAAGUCUGUGGAGCAAAGAGAAAUUAAGUUCAUUAGGGUGGGCUUGAGGAACAAACCAAAAAAGACAGGCCAUGUGAAGCCAGACCUGAUUGAUGUGGAUCUAGUGAGAGGGUCUGCAUUUGCAAAGGCCAAGCCGGAGAGCCCAUGGACAUCCCUGACGCGCAAGGGCAUCGUUAGGGUGGUCCUCUUCCCUUUCUUCUUCAGAUGGUGGAUCCAGGUGUCCUCCAAAGCCAUCUUUCUGCUGCUGCUUUCACUCUACUUGCUCCAAGUGGCAGCAGCGGCAGUGUUCUUCAGCACCUCCCAGCCUCACGACAUCCCUGCCACCGAGGUGUUUGGUGCCAUCUGGCUGAUGUUGCUGCUGGGGACGGUGCACUGCCAGAUCGUGUCCACGCGCACGCCCAAACCCACGCCCAACACCACCGGCAAGAGGCGAAGGAAGUUAAGGAAGGCAGCUCACUUGGAGGUGCAUAGGGAAGGCGAUGGCUCUAGCACUACCGAUAACACACAGGAGGGGGCACCACACUCCUCCGGCUCCGUCGCCACUCACAGCCUUGGCGCUUUCUUCAGAGAUUUCUGGCAUAGUGUCUUUCACUCGGGGUCCAAGAAGUCCAAGCUGUCCAUCGACAAGUCUACAGAGACGGAUAACGGCUACGUGUCGCUAGAUGGCCGUGUGACCAGCAAGAGCAGCGAAGAGGGGCUGCAGCUUCACGAGACGCACUGUGACCUGCUCCGCAUGGACGAGCCCGGCUGGAGCAGCCCGUUACUGCCCCCCAUCAGCAAGUGUAUGCAGGAGGUGCGCAGUGUGGAAAACAUGUCAGAUGAGGCAUCAAGUGAAGAAGACCCAGAGAACUACAGCGCCCUCCGCAGGGGGGUGGAGCGCAUGAGCAGCGAGUGUGCCCUGCGGAACAGAAAGGCCCACCACUACAAGAAGCACUACACAGCUGAGGAGACACCCAAGUCAGGCACGAGCUGCAGCUCUCGCUGCUCCAGCCUUCGCACACAGGACUCGGAGAGCACACGGCACGAGUCCGAGACCGAGGACGUGCUGUGGGAAGACUUCCUACAUUGCGCCGAGUGCCGCUCUUCCUGCACCAGCGAGACCGAGGGCGAAGGCUCUGCUGUCUGCCCCGCCUCCAAGAAGGAGUACAGAGACGACCCCUUCCUCCAGGGUCACGCCCCGUGGCUUCACAGUUCGAACCCGGGACUGGAGCGCGUGAGCGCCAUAGUUUGGGAGGGCAACGAGUGUAAGAAGGCGGACAUGUCGGUGCUGGAGAUCAGUGGUAUGAUCAUGAACAGGGUAAAUCUGUAUACCCCUGGAAUUGGCUACCAGAUCUUCGGAAACAUGGUGGCAGUGACCCUGGGCCUCAUGCCCUUCGUCUACAGACUUUUCCAGUACAAAGACCUGGAGCAGCUGGCUUCCCUCACAGCCAUUGAGUUGGUCUCCAUCGCCUUUGGCUCCUCCUCUGACGUCAUGGUGAUCGCCAUGGUGACCGUGAGCUUUGUGGUGCGCGUGUGCCUCAUCUGGCUCUUCUUCUUCCUGCUCAGCGUGGCUGAGAGGACGUACAAGCAGAGACUACUCUUUGCAAAGCUCUUUGGUCACCUAACCUCGGCCCGAAGAGCUAGGAAGUCAGAGGUGCCUCACUUCCGUCUGAAGAAAGUGCAGAACAUUAAGAUGUGGCUUUCUCUACGCUCCUACCUGAAGAGACGCGGUCCCCAGCGCUCAGUGGACGUCAUCGUCUCAUCUGCUUUCCUUCUCACUAUCUCGGUGGUCUUCAUCUGCUGUGCUCAGCUGCUGCACGUGACCGAGACCUUCCUGGAGUUCCACUAUAACUGGGAGCUGGUGAUCUGGUGCUCGUCUCUCUCCCUCUUCCUCCUGCGCUUCGUCACGCUGGGCUCCGAGACCAGCAAGAAGUACAGCAACACCUCCAUUCUGCUGACUGAGCAGAUUAAUCUGUAUUUGAAAAUGGAGAAGAAACCAAACAAGAAAGAAGAGCUCACAUUGGUCAACAAUGUUCUCAAGCUGGCCACCAAAUUGCUGAAGGAAUUAGACACUCCAUUCAGAUUAUAUGGCCUUACUAUGAACCCGCUCCUGUACAACAUCACGCAGGUGGUCAUCCUGUCUGCAGUGUCUGGGGUCAUUAGUGACCUGCUGGGCUUCAAUGUGAAGCUAUGGAAGAUCAAGUCAUGACAGUGACCUGCUCCAGCCCCCUUAGAGUGGACAGUGCAGUCUGUGGCCACAAGAGAGCACCGUUCCCCUUCAAGAGGGGCCACCUGACAAUGACCCUUUGGCCCUUUUUCCUCUGGCUUACAUUUCAGUUGUGCAAUUCAGAUAUUUAUUUUAUUCUCUUAUUGUUUUUGUGGUUCUCAUGUAUGUGUAGCUGUUUUAAUUGUUUUAAAGUGUUAUUUUAUCUCUUGGAAUUGCAUUGUUACAGGAAUGGAGUUUCAAUAGGACAGGCAGGGGAUAUGUAUGUGGAACCAUGUCCUGACAUUUGGCAGUACUGUAUGCAUAUACUUGUAUGCAGGUGUACAGAGGAACAUGUGUUUUUGAAGCGCUUGUCAGGCUGCGAUUAUGUUCAGUGGCUGCAUGAGCAAAGGCAGCCUCUUCUGACCUCCGCGCAGAAGAGCUGAGACUGGCAAUAAGAUGUUUUCUGCCCUGUUGGGUCCUGCCUAGCUUCCUUUAUAAGUCACUCAUAGCAACCGUGCACCAAAGUCAUUAAGAUACAGUGAACACAUCAUAUAAUAAGCAGGGUGUUUAGACGCACUGAACGUCCGGGAGAAUAUGAUGAAAACCACGGCUUUAGCAGAGCUGGGACACCCAGGGUGCACCUGUCUGAGCUUGAGUUCAUUUGGCUGUUCACCUCGGGUGAGGUGUGAAGUUUUCAUGCCAUUCUUCCAUUUGGGUACUCCAGGCUACGUCAUUCACUUCCAUUUUUUUUGGAGCAUUGUUGGUUUACCUGAUGGCUUUUGGGUUCACUCAGCAUCAAGUUUAUUUUAGUAAAUAGUUUGACUCUGUUUCCAGCAAUAUGUGUUUUGUGAGGCUUGGGGAGAGUGAGCAAAGACCUCGAAAAAUCAUUAGAGGAUCUUGUGCUCACCCUCCCCCCACCCCCCAGGAAAAUAAUAAUAAUAAUAAUAAUAAUAAUAAAUGACCUGUUUAUAGAACAGAUGUGGUCACUAGAAGCAUUGAGACACUGUCACAUUAAUGUGACAUCACAGUUCAAGAUUCUGAAUGUCAGCUGUUUAUACUAUUGACACUUGCUCCCUGCUCCGUUUAUUUGAGCUACAGUGUAUGGAGGAGUGUAUUUAGGUGUGUGUGUGUGUGUGUGUUAGUGUGUACAUUUGUGUGUUUGUGUGCGCAUGCGCGUUCUCUUGAAGACACAGCGUGUUCGCCGUCUGUUAGAAAUGCCUCAAAACAUGCACUUUAAAAUGAAGAAAUUGUUACUCAGUGUCAGCUUGGUCAGAAGAGCCUCUGAAGGCAUUUUUUUUCUGGUUUUGUACUUCUGCAUGGGACAGUCAAUAAAGAUGACCAAAGUGCUUCCCCCCCCCCCGUCUGCUGGAGACGAAUGUAUUGGCUCCUGCUUUAAACGCUAGUUUCAGAGACUUCAUUUACGAGCGCAGCAGAGUCAGAUGUACCCUUUUUUUCUGCAUUGUGCUGUUCCUGUACUUUCUGUUUGGUUUCAUUAUUAAACAGUCACUAAUAGGUUAUGGAUCUUCAGUGUAAAUAUGUGGUGUUUUUAUGAUGAACACAAUGUCUAAGGAAUAGAUAAAGAGCUUUGAAGAAAA